CACACAGGCUCAGGUCAAUAGGCAAGACCGUGGUGCUCCCCAUAAUAGGGCUGAAAAGCUCAAAGCAGGACAAACCCAGUUCAGGAUGGCAAGCAUGUUCUCGUAUUACCUGCUAGGAGUAUGGCUAACGUUGGGCCAGUUUCCCAAGGAGACCAUUGCUAAUUCACUGAAGCACAGUUCUAAAGGCAUUUGUAACAGCAUAUUUGAUUUCUUUGAGGAAAUAUGCAAGACAAAGAUGCAGAGGGGCUUAAAUGUACAGGAGGAAGUGGCACUGCAAGAAGGACCACUGUCAGAAGUUCCUAUAAUCGUCCGCUACAGAGAUAUAGAAGACUUAAAAGCGUUGUCAGAGUCCAAUCCUGAAUUUCCACAGGAACUGAAGGCAGCACUUUCUGACAGUUGGUCAUUACUAAGGAAGCUAAGACAACAAAAAAAGGAGGGUGAAUUUCUAAAAAUAUUAACACAAAUGUGUUGUUUAAUGGAAUGUAUAAAGGAAAUUAGGAGUGAUUUUUGUGACUGAAAUGGCAAUCGUUGGUUUGUUAUAUAAUCUUGAUUUGCAAUCUCAAUUAUAAUGACUACGAAACACAAGACAGUUACCAGUGAUUAUUAAAUUAUGAGCAAUUUUUCUUA